CAGUGAAUCCACAUGAGGGGAGGAACCCUUCCCAGGACUUUGGACACCAUUGGGGCUGGAUCCAACUGAGCACAGGACACACGAAAUACUCCUCUGCUUCCCAGGGCUCUGGCCCCACCUGCCUUGCCCCUCACGAUGUCCUCAGGAGCCUGGUUGUGCUGGGCCUCACUCCUGCUCCUGGCCAGGCCCAUCCUGCCUUGCCCCGUGGGCUGUGACUGCUUCGGGAGUGAGGUAUUCUGCUCCAGCGAGCAGCUGACCGCCAUCCCUCUGGACGUCCCCUCCCAUGUCACAGACAUUAUCUUUGUGGAGACUCCCUUCACCACAGUGGGGACCAGGGCUUUCAGCGGUAGCCCCAACCUAACCAAGCUGGUCUUCCUCAACACUCAGGUCCGUCACCUGGAGCCUGAUGCCUUUGGGGGACUGCCCAAACUGGAGGACCUGGAGGUCACGGGCAGCCACCUCUCCAACCUCAGCGCCAACAUUUUCUCUAACCUGAGCUCUCUGUGGAAGCUCACGCUGAGCUUCGACAGGCUGACAGCUCUGCCUGACGACCUCUUCCAGCAAAUGGACACCCUGGAGUUCCUCCAGCUUCAGGGAAACCAACUCCGGACCUUGCCCGGGAGACUAUUCCAGUCUCUGUGGUAUCUGAGGAGCCUCAAUCUGGCGCAGAACCUCCUGACAGCGCUCCCUAAGGGGCUGUUCCAGUCACUCACCAGCCUGCAGGUGUUGAAACUGAGUAACAACAUGAUGGCCGGCCUCCCCGAGGGCCUGCUGGACCAUCUGGGCAACCUGCAAGAGCUCUUCCUAGACGGCAACGCCUUCACAGAGCUGUGCCCGAGUGCGUUCUCGCAGCUUCACAACCUGGAGAAGCUGUGGCUGCAGCGCAACGCCAUCAGCUCCCUGCCGGGCUCCCUCUUCUCCUCCCUGCGCAACCUGACCUUCCUAAACCUGAAGGGCAACGCGCUUCGGACCCUUCCCGCAAGUCUCUUCAGACACAACGCAGGCCUGCUCCACCUGUCCCUUUCCCACAACCAGCUGGAGACCAUCCCCGAGGGCACUUUUGCCAACCUGUCCCGCCUUGACUCCCUCACGCUCUCACAUAAUGCCCUCACCCACCUUCCUGAGGAUGUUUUCAGGGACCUCAAGCGGUUGGUCAAACUCUGUCUGGACGGCAAUAACUUGACGGCCUUGCACCCAGCCCUCUUCCAUAACCUGUCCAGGCUGCAGACGCUCAACUUAUCCAGGAACCAGCUGACCACGCUCCCCCGGGGCAUCUUUGACACCAACUACGACCUCUUCAACCUGGCCUUGUUGGGCAACCCCUGGCAGUGUGACUGCCACCUCUCCUACCUCACCAGCUGGCUCCACCUCUACAGCGACCGGCACUUCAACGCAGACACUCACUGCGCAGGCCCCGCCUACCUCAAGGGCCUCUUUGUGGCGAACUUGCAGCUGGAGCAGCUGAAAUGCCCGGUCCGCUUCGGGGAGCCAGUGGGCGGCUGGGAUCUGGUGUUGGAGGGGAAGCCAGCCCGCAGCCGCUGUGCCUACAGCAACCGCGAGGGCACCGUGUCGCUCGCCUGCGAGGAGGCCCGGUGUCGCUGGCUCAACAUCCAGCUGCCUUCCAGGCCGGCCAUGGCCUUCAAUUCCAGUCAGGAGUGGGAGCUGCGGUCAAGCUGUGGUUCCGUGAGGGUCGCCGUGUCUAUUGAGGCCCCAGCGGCCGCGCCCUAGGUGCCGCAGAGAGCGAAUCUCUCUGCCUCUCGGGGCAGAGGGAACUGAAUGUCUGAGGCUAAUGUAAGGGACGUGGCCAUAUCUCCAGGGCAGGGAGGAGCGAGGCCGGCUUCACCUAGCGUCUCCCCAUCCUCCUUCAUGCCUCCUUCGUGAGACCUGUGGCCUAACAAGGUCAUGCUCAAAUCUUCCAAGUCGUCCUUGAGAACCACACCUUGGCCUAGACUGUUGGUUCUCAACCUUCCUGAUGCUGCGACCCUUUCAUAGUUAACCCACGUUGUGGGGACCCCCAACCAUAAAAUCAUUUGUUGCUACUUCAGAACUGUGAUUUUGCUACUGUUAUGAAUCAUAGUGUAAAAAAAUAUAGGAAGCUGAGUUUUGGCAAAAGGGGUCACGACCCACAGGUUGAGAACCAUUGGUCUAAAGCUUAAAAAACUGCCCUGUCCCUCCUAGUCAUAGAGUUUUCCUCUCAUUUAGCCCCACCCCCACUCCCCGCUUUGAGUUCUAGCCUUGAGGUAUGUGCACCACUAUUGUAGUUAUACAGAGUAGAGGCCCCUUUGAAAGAUCAAAAGCCACUUAAUUGUCUGUUUUGACUUCUUGCCCAGUUUUGCUUUCAAUGGGUAGAGAGAGGGAAAGGGCUAGUUUAGAGGAGCCGAGGUGACCAGAAAAGGGUAGGGCAGGGUUGUGUGGGGGAAAUGUUACUGUCCUGGCCACCUCUCAAGCUGCAUCCAGGAGAAAUCAAGGCGAGACGGUGCCCUAGGGCAAAGGCGGGCUGUGUGGCUCUCAGCAGGGCCGCGUGGUUUUGCGGGUUCAUCACACAAGAUGGCUGUUCCUGGAGGAGGAAGGAAAUGGCCUGGGGUGGGGGAGCUGGUGGACUGGGGAGCAUGCUUUGUGCCCUGCCUUUCAGGGCUUCUGCCUCUGGGCUGCUCAUUUGUUGAAUAACUCUCUUCUAGUUUCUAAGGUGUCUCCUCUGUCUCAGCUGGUGGGGUCCAGCCACCACUCACGGGAUGGAGACCUCAGCACUGGUCACCUCGCAUCUCCAUCUUGGGCUCAGCACUUCCUUGGUGGUGAUCCACAUCUAAGCUGUGUCCCCACCCCACGGACUCCUGAUUUCCACCCAGCAGACUGGCAAGCCCGACCCUAGGAGCUUCUCACGACUUCUCACUCCCCAUCCUCAGGCCGCUGAAUGGUCCUCCCUCAUCUUCCCUUUCUUCUUUCUCAUUCCCCAGACCCUUGCACGGCCUCCUGCUUGGUUAUGGGGCUGCAGAGCGGAAUGGGAGUAAGACGCAUCAUGGCAACCCCGGCGACUCGCAGCUCAGGGGGGAAAUUAGACGGGAGUGCGUGGAGAGUAACCUCCAAACGUGAAGAGGUCCGUGUGCGGAUGUGCCAAGGCUUUGGCAUGCAGGAGGUGUUCUAGCCGUGUUUGUGCUGUGAUGAAACGCUGAGCAAACUGAGGCAACUCCGGGGAGGGAAGGGUUUAUUUGGCGUCUGAGUCCACAUGACAGUCCAUCGUUUUGGGAAAUCAGGGCAGGAACUCGAGGCAGGAACUGAAGCGGAAGCAAGGAGGAACACUAUAUUCUGCUUGCUUUCAGGCUUAUGUUCAGCAGCCUUUCUAAUACCUUGCAGGGCCAACCUCCCCCCCCCCCCCCCGGGUGGUGCUGUCCACAGUGGACUGGGCCCUUCCACAUCAAUCAUUAAUGAAUAAAAAGCCCCACCAUUGGCCCUAGUGGUAGACACCUUUAAUCCCAGCACCCAGAAGGCAAAUGUAAGUGAACUUCUGUGAGUUCAAAGUCAGCUUCAUUUACAUAGAGAGUUCAAAGCCAGCCAGAAUGGCAGAGUGAGAUUCUGUCUCACCAAUCAUCAUCAUCGUCAUCAUCAUCAAUGCCAAAGUCUUGUCUCUAUGCCAAUCUGUUAGAAGCAUUUUCUCAACUGGGUUCCCUUUCCAGACACCUCUUGCUUGUCCAAGUUGACAAAAUUAACCAACACAGGAGGCCUGUGGAUCCCUGGCCUUGAGGAAGCCACAGGCUGAGCAGAGUGGGAGUUAAAUGCUGGAGACGUGAGAGCAGGGAGGGUAGGACAAUGCGCUGGAGACGUCACGGGAGAGGUGGGGGAAACAAGGAUGAAGGCCAAGGCUUGGAGCCUCCUGGGCCUCUGGGGCAGGGUGUGAUAUGAAGGACUCGGGAAAAGAACCUGGGCCCUCUGCAAAGACAGAAGCAGUCCUAAGUGCUGAGCCACCUCUCUAGCCCCCUUUGAGGAAUCUGUUUGUUAAGGGUUCUGCAGGCAAUUCACAGGGGCAUGCUCCUGCCUGUGCUUCAAGCAGUUGACCAAGAACAGGAAGCCAGGAAAACAGCUUGAGCUGGUGCCCGGCUAGAAAUGAGAAUCAACAGGGCAGGGGAUGCUAAGGAAAGAGAACCAGAAGGUUUUAGCAGCUUAACACCACAUACACAGAUGGACUAAAGGCCCCGAUGGUAAAUUACAGAAAUGCAAAUGAAACCAGGAUACAUACUUCUCUACGUCUAUUCUGCAGAAACAGGAAAGCUGGAGAGCUCAUAUGUGGUGGUGUAACAGAGCCCCAGACCUUAGCACACCUGACUCCAUGAUGGAAGUACCAUUCAGGCUGUAAAAAUAGCAUGUAGACAAUGCCACUGGCCAAAAAUGAAAACAAAGCCCUCAAAGCCCUAGGAAAUUCUCUAAAUCUACUAGCCUUGCUUUUUUGGCUUCUGUAGUUUUACUUCUUGCUCACUGUUCUUGUAAACUGAAGUAUGUCAACCCAGAACAUGGUUUUUGUGCUUAAAAACUCAUCCUAAGAAAGGCUCGAGGCUACCCUGGGAUCCCAAACACCCAGUGUAAUCGCUGGCCGGCUAAUAAAGACUUUCUGUUGGCUUAAA